UUUGGAGUAAUCUGGCCCUCCAUAGUUUUAAAAAAUAAAAAAUAAAUAAAUAAAUCAGUGUCCGCAGCUGCGCAUCAUCCGCCUCCAGCUUCAAUACAGCGCCUGCGCUCCGCGGCUCCGGUUCACCGUCUCCUCCUCGCAAACAUGGCGGCGCCUGCGCUCUCCAGCCGGGCUAGUUCAGCUGGCAGCAGCCCCACCGCCACCCCGAGCAGCACCAAACACGUCCCGCAGGCCCCUGAGCUGGACUUCAGGUCCGGAGCCAGGAUCGAGGAGCUCAACCGGCUGAUCGCCGAGUUCAGCAAGCACGAGCAGCGCGAGUACGACGACCAGCGCGCGCUCGAGAUCCACACGGCCAAGGACUUCAUCUUCUCCAUGCUCGGCAUGGUGCAGAAGUUGGACCAGAAGCUUCCGGUUGCUAACGAGUACCUGCUGUUGUCCGGCGGGGUCCGGGAAGGCGUGAUUGACAUGGAUCUGGACGAGUUGACGGUGUACGCGCGGGGAGCUGAUUACGACAUGGACUUCACGUUACUGGUUCCUGCGCUCAAACUCCACGACCGAAACCAGCCGGUCACACUAGACAUGCGUCACUCGGCGCUCUGCCACUCCUGGCUCAGCCUGCGUCUGUUCGACGAGGGAACCAUCAACAAGUGGAAGGACUGUUGCACGGUUGUAGACCAUGUUAACGGCGCCACCAAUUACUUUUUCUCACCCACGCUGGUGGCCGACUGGUUCUAUGAAUCCAUUAGCAUGGUUCUGGCGGAGAUUCAGAAGAAGCCGCAGCGUGGCGUCCCGCGCGUCGAGAAGGUCGAGCGCAACGCAACCGUCAUCUCCAUCAUUUUGGGCGUCGGAGGCAGUCGGAUGCUGUACGAUGUUGUUCCAGUUGUGUCAUUCAAAGGCUGGCCAGCGGUGGCCCAAAGCUGGCUAAUGGAGAACCAUUUUUGGGACGGGAAAAUCACCGAGGAGGAAGUGAUUAUUGGUUUUUUUUUUUUGCCUGCUUGCUCUUCUACAGGCCAGAAGGAAAACGAAUGGCGCUUGUCGUUUGCGCGCAGCGAGGUGCAGCUGAAGAAGUGCAUCUCUGCGAGUCUCAUGCAGGCGUACCAGGCUUGUAAAGCUCUGAUUAUUAAGCUUCUCUCUCGACCCAAAGCCAUCAGCCCGUAUCACCUGCGCUCGCUCAUGCUUUGGGCCUGCGACCGCCUGCCGCAUACGUACUUGGCGCAGGAAGAUUACGCCGCGCACUUUUUGCUCGGGUUGAUCGAUGACUUGCAGCACUGCUUGGUGAAUAAGACCUGUCCGAAUUACUUUAUCCCGCAAUGCAACAUGCUAGAGCACCUCAGCGACGACACGGCCAUGCUGCAUGCGCGCAAGCUGUCGUCUGUUCGCUCCGACCCAGCAGAACACUUGCGAAGCGCAAUAGAGCACGCUAAAGCCGCGUCGCGACUCACGCUUGAGCUCCAGUGGCGUGGAGGAAGCUCAAACUUGUCGUCUCCCCUGUUAGAAACCGGAGCCGAUCAGCAACCAGACGACCGGCUCGCGAAGAAACUCCAGCAGCUGGUCACAGAGAAUCCUGGGAAGUCCAUCUCAGUCUUCAUCAACCCAGACGACGUCACGCGACCUCACUUUCGCAUCGAUGACAAAUUCUUCUGAAGCCACCCCAACUGAUCUGAUUGGGUGCUGGCUGCAGAUGACCUCACAUUUCCACUGAUGACAAAUUAUUCUGAAGCCACGCCCUCUGAUCUGAUUGGGCGCUGAUUGGGGAUGAGCUCAAUUUUACAUCCAUGAUACAUUUUUCUGAAACCACGCCCACUGAUCUGAUUGGGCGCUGCCUGCAGGCGACCUCAUGCAACUUCAUUUUUGCAUUGAUGAUUUUUCUGAAGCCACGCCCCUUGAUCUGAUUGGGUGCUUACUGGGGACAAGCUCACUUCCGCAUUGAUGACAGAUUCUCCUGAAGCCACGCUCUCUGAUCUGAUUGGCGCUGACUUUUUUUUUUUUCCUGAUUUUUUUCUGUUUUUGAGAGUCCCAGAAGCAGGAAGCCAUGUGUUUUGCACAGUGCUGGAGAUGUGAAACGCUUCAGGCUCUGAAUGUGAUGUUAAAAAUGGACAUGAUCUUGUUUCACUGCUGCCAGUUUGAAGUUGUGUUCACAUCUGUUCCUCCCCAUUAUGGAUGUCUGGCUUUUACGGGAAGGAAAGAGAGAGAGCAGGAGAUUUAUGGAAGGAUGUGGAGGGAGGACGGUUUGUGCAUGGCUCACAUUGAAAACAGGAAAUCCAUAACUCCACUCAGAAGUGCAAUUAGACAAAAUGUGUUUAUACGCUUUACUUGUAAGUACACUGUAACAUGAUACUGUAAACACGCUAUUAUAGACACCGUCGUUUCACAAACACACUCACAGAAGAACUGUAUUCUCACAAACUGCACAUUAGGACUCCAAAAAUACACACAAACACACUCCCUGUGAAGAUGGAUGUUUGUUUCAUUUUAACACACAGUCUGUUGAGGUGAAUCUCAUGGAAACAUUUACGCGUAUCAUUCUACCCCCUAAAAUUCUGAGUAAUUAUGUUGCAUUAAAAAAUAAAGCCUAUUUUAGAACUAUAAAGAAGUUUUCAUUGUGACAAUAUUUUCAUGACAUUUAAACCCAUUUUAAUCCUAAAUUGACCAUUUUUUAUUUAAUUGUAUUAAAUAUAAUUGUAUUAAUUUCUUUUUAAAAUUUUAAAAAGCCUAAAUUAAAGAUACACCGUACAUUAAUUAAUAUUGCAGUUUAAAUAAAAUACAUAUUUUUGCAUUUCAUUAAUUAGAAUUGCAAGGUAAAAAAUGCUUGUCAUGAAAAAUCUUGAUCCUAAAAUAGGCUUUAAAAUUGCUUUCGUGAGAUUCACCCCUUGAAAAAAUU